GGGAGGACCGUCCCCGUCUGCUGAUCCUGUCUGCUCUUUGUCAGGGUUCUGCUGCCAUCGAGCCAGGACACCGAGGGGAGCAGAGGACCAGGUCUCUGUGGAGGAAUGAGUCUGGGCUGUGAGGAGUAGUGGCUCGGGCUGGCCUCGCACUGUCAGAGGGCCACGUCAGGUCCCCAUGGACCCUCCGCAGGACUCCGACCGCCCGGCGUGGAGCCUGAACGUCCGGCUGAAGAGCUUCAUGGAGCGGGUGAGCCGGCUGCAAGAGGCCAACCGCCGGCUGGAGGCCCAGAUCGCAGACUGGAGCGUCAGGAUCAGCAGCCGGGACUGGAGCGAGCAGGAGAAGACCGUCAGGGACCUCCGUGCUCAGAUCUGCAGACUCGUGCUGGAGAACGCUCAGCUGGCCCUGCAGUCUGACAGCAUGAAGUCCAGAGCUGCUCAGAUCCAGACCAGGUGCGAGGUGGAGCAGAGGAACACCGGGCGCCUGCAGCAUCAGGUGGCGCUGCUCAGAGAAGCCAAGAGGAAGGCGGAGGAGGACGGCGUGGAGCUGCAGGAUGAGUGUCGGCGCUCGGCGAUGGAGCUGCAGCAUCUGGACCGGGAGCUUCAGGCAGCCCGGGCUCUGCAGCUGAAGCGGGACGGAUCCUGCGAUGCUCUGUUAGCCGCAGCAUCAGCAUCUGGAGGAGGGGAGGACGAUGGCACAGGGAUGGAGCUCACCCAGCUCUUCGACCGAACCACGGCGCGCUGCAGCCAGAGCAGAACUUCAGCUCCGGUUCAGAGAAGCCUCAGUUUGGGAGCAAGCUCCAAUCUGGCCUUUGGGGGGCCUAACCGGGCUGGAAGUGGAGCAGCCCCUUCCAGGACACUCAGAGGAGCUCUUGAUGAGGAGGCGGCGGCCUGGGCCCAGGUGAACCUCGGCGGCGCGGCCUUGAGGAAGGCCCGGGCCGAGCUGACGGAGGCCAGGAAGCAGUGGCGCUCCCUGCAGGUGGAGAUCGAGACGCUACACGCCCUGGAGAAAGGUCUGGAGAGCUCCCUGCAGCACACCCAGCAGCUGUACUCCACCCAGCUCCACGACCUCUCCCAGGUGAUCUCGGGGCUGGAGGGGGAGCUGGAGCAGGUGAGGAGCGGCCUGAGCGCCCAGCGCCAGCGCCACAGUCAGCUGCUCAACACCAAGAUGAGGUUGGAGCGAGAGAUCGCCACGUACCGACGGCUGCUGGAGCAAGAGGAGGGCAGAUUGUUACAAAGUUCUGCUGGAGUUUUGGGCCACAGCUUCGUCAGAACUCUCCUGACGUUCUUCAGAAACGUUCUAGUAAAUAAUUUUGUCUGCAGGUACAUGGGCCAAACUGGGCAGCCGCUGAUGGGUCUGCGGCCCUGGAGGUCUCCGGUGGUGGAGCCGAAGGAAAACAGGGUGGAGGACAGCUUCAGCGACCCCACCGUGAGUCCGGACGAGCCCAAAUCAGAACCCCUGCCUGAGAUCCCCUCACUCCUCCCAGCUGAGAAUGGGCUGAAGAAAAGCAAACUGUACCGGCAGCAGAGCCUCGUCAUCCUCACAGAACCGGAACACGACAAAGACUUGCCUAUCUCCACGGUGAAAACUCAGGAGAUCCUUCAGGGCAACGUGGUGCAGGAGAGUGCAGAAGGCCACGGCACCAUUGAGACGGAGAAGAUCGACCAGGUGAUAAAGAAGUGGGAGGGCUCGUUCUUCAGAGGGAACCCGAAGCUCAGGAAGAAGUCGGUGUCGCUGCGCUUCGACCUGCACAUGGCUGCCGCCGACGAGGGCUGCGCCCAGACCAAACAGGACAGCCUCCCCGAUGUGGAGGUCCGCCUCAUCAUGAAGCGGUCCCGCAGCAUCUCCACCAUCACGGACUGAGUCAGAACCCGCGCUACCCACCGUCACGCUUUGACAUCAGACCCCCGGCUCCGGCCGGAGAAACGUUUCAUUUCAGUUUUAGAGUCUUUAAGAUGAUUUCUGUCAGAGCAGACAAACAGGAAGUGCUUCUCGUCGUUUCAGACUUUACUGAGUAAAAUAAAUCUUUAUUGACUCUGGAGGACGAAGCUGCUGCUGCGUCUGAUACUGGCCCCCCAGGGGCCACUCUCCUGCAUGUUUUAGUCGGGCCCCGCUCUUCAGCCGGUCUUUGGGUUCUGCAGCAGCCUCGUAGUCACUCGUUCAUUCAGCAGAGAAACGUCUACAUGCAGGGCAGUGGCCCUCGAGGGCCACGGCUGGACCCCCCAGGAUUCUAUAAACCACACAAAGUUCAUUUCUUUGGAGGAUUUCCAGUAAAACUUUUACGACUGAAGCAUUUCCAGAUGUCAUCCUUCCACCAUCAGCUGUCGAGGAGAAGCCUUCAGCUUUUUUCAAGAAGCGCUGGUGAAACAAGUUCCAGUCGUAGUUUUCUAUCGUUUCAGGAGUUUAUCAUCGUCGUAUUUAUUGUGGACCAGGUUU